UUUAGGCCUUAGGACUCAUCUCCCUUUGAUAUGAUGCAACCUUAUCUGCAUGUACCAGUGCCAUAUAUGUGUGCUGUUAACUGUGCGCAUUGGCUCUCGUGAAGCCGAACCAUACCUCUGCUCUUCCUUUGUUCGCUUGAGCCUUUUUGGCACCGAUGCGGUUUUUAUCAAUACUAGCGCAAUAUGGCUGACUUUGAUGUCACAUACCGUUGCUGUAGGCACUUGUAUACACUGUUAACAGUUCAAUUAUCAUGAAUCCAUAGUGAUGCCCAUGUGCGUAUGCGACAGUAAACAAAUAGUUCCACCCCUCACCUAUGCGUUGUAAACAGCACGUCUUUCUUUUCUGUGUUGCUGCUGACCUGAAUUAUGUGGUUGCAAGGGGAGAUUUCCAAUCAGGCAAAGGACACAUUAAGUCCACUGAUUGAAGGGAAUUGGGCACCUCAAACUGUCCAUCAUUGAUGAGGUCAUACGUCCUUUUGUAUGCAUUUUAUUCUCAAUCAUACCUGUAUGCUAUAGAAUAAGAAUAACCCUUGACACCUUGAUGUAGACGUCAAACUGUGAUGGAAAUUACCAAUAUGUGUUGAACUGUUAGUCAGCAUUGUGAGCCUUGAAAGACACAGAGUGCCAAUAUUGCACUCAAUGUGGAACAGCUUGACUGACUUCAACGUCCACCUUGAUCAAUGGAGCUGCAGACUAUCUGGGGAAGGCUAUCUUGCCAUAGAUAUUGGGAACCUCAAAGGGGUAUUGAGGUUCAGUGGCCUGCUCAAUGACGCCUAGGAGCACUGAAUCUGAGACAGUUAAGCUUCAUUGACACUAGUCUCUCCCCUCAGUCUCUCUUUUAUUAUGGCACUAAAGGAUCAUGUCUAUUCUGGUGUAUUGUUUUAGUAAUACCGUACUAUCUAUCUCUCGCUAGCCUACCUGCAUGUUAGAGUAGGACGGUGUAACCCUGAAACCUCAUCUGAGAUGUGGUGGUUACAGGUUGUAGGGGGGACAUUACAUCAUAUGAGAAUUUUGUUGACCUAAUCUACCUUUUGGGUUUGCCUUAUUCAGCGGUGGUCAGACCUGGCUUUGAAAACCACCUUUGGAUCACUUGAACCUUUUGUUUUGGAAGGUAAAUCCAACCGCUAAGCUAAAAUAUGGCCCGGCCUUUCAGAAUUGGCCAUAGUCACUUUCUCCUCCACUAAACUGGCUUUGGGUUGAGAAGUAGUCUUGUAGUGUUAUUCACCAUUUUUCCAAGGGCCGCUUGCUGCCCUGUUGCCAGGGGUGCACAGCAGUGCUAAAUGGCAGCAGACACACGCCUGGCUCAUUGCGUGACCUUGUCAGCUUGCCUGUAUUUAGAUCAGCACCGAGGUUUGGCCUGCAGUUGCUGUUUAUUGGGACCUGAUGGAAAAUAAAGACAGGAGAUUGUUCCCGAAGGAUUGUUUUGGUUCCCUUCAGUCAGUCUCACAUUGCCCAUGGCCAUAUGCUCAUGUGACCAACCCCUGAAUUAUUUGCAGAAUACAUGCAUGUAAAGUGUGUCACCAUGAUGUGGAGGCAGUAGAUUUUGGCGAUUGGUUGUGCUUUAAUGUAAUAUUGUAAACAUUGAUACUACUAAUGGAAAAAACAAGAUUUCCAGCACUGUUGUCAACUGCAUGGAUUUAUUGUGUAAUGCAUGAAAUAAAAAUAGACCGUUGACAAAAUAUAUAAUCAACCACUUCUUGACAAGAUGCAGGUGACGCAUUUGUUCAAGGGACAAUCUGUGAACCUCACUUUGCGUCGCUUCCCAGCCUUUUACACAUAAACAAGGCCACAUUCUUCAAAAACAAUCAAUCUCCUUUUUAAUUAUUAUCAAUAAACCAGUUGGACUCCAGGUGAUAGCCUGUACCCAAUCUGCAGUCUGGCCUGGGCCGGGUGUAAUUCCUGGAGCGCCUCCUGGGGGGUCUGUGAACGGAGUGGUAGAACCUAGCGUAGGUCCCGGACUGGCAGCCUGGCUGCCCCCCACCAGGUGGAUGAAUGAAGACCCCCUUCAAGACUCCAGCGGCGCCGAGACCCAGACCGGAGGGUGGGCAUUCCAGUGUAUCUGCAAAUAUGAUGAAGAAAAAGAAUUCACACAAGAAGCAGAGGACCAGUGUGGAGCCCGGCAAGCCCUUAGGCGGUCCGCCCAGGAGGAACAUCGUGGGCUGUAGGAUCCAGCACAUCUGGAAGGAAGGCAGUAAAUCCUCCCAGUGGAAGGGGACGGUGUUGGACCAGGUUCCCGUCAACCCCUCUCUUUAUCUGAUCAAAUAUGACGGCUUCGACUGCAUAUACGGCCUGGAGCUGUACAGCGACGAGAGGGUGGUUGGCCUGGAGGUGCUGCCUGACAGAAUCGCUCGGGCCCGCGUUACUGACACAAUGCUGGCGGAGACGAUGAUCGGGAAGGCGGUGGAGCACAUGUUUGAGACGGAGGAGGGCCCCAAGGAGGAGUGGAGGGGCAUGGUGCUGGCCCGCGCCCCCAUCAUGACCACGUGGUUCUACAUCACCUACGAGAAGGACCCCGUGCUCUACAUGUACCAGCUGCUGGACGACUACAAGGAGGGGGAUCUGCGGAUCAUGCCCGACUCCAAUGACACUGUGCCGGCGGAGCGGGAGCCAGGCGAGGUGGUGGACAGCCUGGUGGGGAAGCAGGUGGAGUACGCCAAGGAGGACGGGGGCAAGCGCUCGGGGAUGGUUAUCCACCAGGUGGAGGCCAAGCCCUCGGUGUACUUCAUCAAGUUCGAUGACGACUUCCACAUCUACGUCUACGACCUGGUCAAGACCUCUUAAGAACCGGGCCCCUGAUGAGACAAUGCGGUGGGUGGGGGGGGGGGAUGACCUCAGCAACAGCUCAAAACACUUGCAGAUCACCAUCCUCCGUGAGAUGCUGUCUGUGGUGACCCCUGCCCCGGGUUAAUCCUCUACAGUCCCAGUGACCCCUCCAGCACCAGCCAGGACCUCCUCUGCACCGACCCCCCAAUUCACUGUUUUCAGAUUGGGGGGGUUGGGGCAGAGGAGGCCCCAGAACCUAUUCAAGCUACAAAGACUAGAAGGAAACAUUUCCCAGCUGGACUAUAUUGCGGCCAACAUCAACGAUUGACUGCACACCGGAUAUGAUCAGCCCAUCCAAUAAAAUAUUGUUUUCGUUACAAAACUGCCCCUCCCUUCAUUGGAUGAGGGUUGAUGAAUGGGAAUUAAGACAAUUCCCCAGAACCUGUAAUGUUUAGCAACAUGAUGCACAGGUCGAGUCGUGACCUCGGCGUGUUCAGAGACUUGAAAAGUUGAUCCAUUGCCUUGUUUCCGAAGCACCUGCAAUAGACAUCUCCACUACGAAUCUACCUAGGAGCGGUCCACCGACGACGACUCAUUCGUGGAGUUUUUCUCCGACCACAUGUCCCAAAAAAAGACCCCUUUUUACUGGCCAUGUUUACAAUGGCAGCCAUUCUGAGUGAUAUGCCGCCGGUGACGGUACAAAGUCUGCGGUGGAAGCAACAUGUGUGAUCUCCUGGUGUUCACCAGCAACGGAGGGGGUCGGAAGCUAUGGCGUUUAACACUUUAUUUUCUGUCUGUGUUUGUGUAUACUCUGAAAAAGGAUUAUUUGUUCUGAUUGUUUGUCCCCCCACACCCUCCAUCGCUCCAAACUGCUUUUAAUAGAAAUACAUAAAUGCAGCAGAAUAUGUUAUAUGUUUUUACUUUUAAAACUACUUACAUUUAUAUUUAGGGCAUUCAAGCCUUUUCCUUUUUUCAACAAUGCAUUUUUUUGGGCAGGUAAUGCAAUCAUUUCCCCGUUUACAUUAACAUUGAGUAAAGGAACCACACAAGCAGGUCAUAGCUUUAGUGGAGAAUUGAAUAUGCCUGCCAAGCAGGGACUUCCACUGGGUUAGCGGUGUGCUCUCCGUAAACACCUUCCUUUAUCUGCCAACCGACGAAACAGGAUUUGGAGCCCUUCUUAUCCAUCUCAAUCCCUUCAUUGCACAGAGAACAUGAUUUUAAUCCGUUUUGGUUCAUCUUGGUUCCAAACUUUCACUGAGUGGGGAAACUGAAUUUCUUGAUUCUGCAUUCAUUCGCCCCAACCGGCUAGUUGUUGGGGUGGAACCAAGAUGGCCGCUAGAUGACUAAGGCGCAUUGAAUCCAUCCUUGGCUAUGGAAUCUUAAAUUCAACAAAACCAGCAGAGUUUAUUUCUCUCUUCCUUCUUUCAUGGGUGUCGUUUUUCGGAUUUUGUAUUUUUUAAAGCUUGUCCAUUUAUUCAUCUUCACUGUUGGUCACAUGGAAUCUGUUGGUGGCCAUCCAUCCCUCUAACAGGCCGUCAACUCCUCAUCAGAGUAGCAAGCAAGAAGUUUAACUGUUUGUGUUCUAUCUAAUCCUAAAAAGUUAGCCCCACACUAUGAUAUUGAACUGAUUGUUGUGUUUUUAAGUUGAUUUUAUUUGUUGCUUUAAAAGAAGAAGGAGCUUUUCUGUCAAGAGCUCCGGCGUCACCUCCGCGGAGGCUUCAGAACACGGUUCUCCUGGGGGUCAACUGUUUUUCUGAAGAGUCAAACUGCGACACCAAGCGGAUUGCUGCUGUUGGUUCACUUGCUACGAUCGCCUCACACCAAUCGCAACCGCCACCAUCUGGCUCCCCGUCUCUCCUCCCGCGGUGUCAAACGCCUUGUACGACUCAACGGUGGGUCUCUGAGAGAAGCCCCCAUGCGGCUGAUGAUUCCUCAUCAGUCGCCGUCCUCCUGGACGAAUGGACUCCAUAGCGUCCAUCCACACUCUAUAUUCCUCUAAGGUGGACUGAGCUGCUGAGUUGGGCUGGACCAGAACGUCAAAAAGCAUACAGAACCUUUUGAAUCCUAUCUCAACGGCAACACAUGUCAGUAGAUGGACAUCCAAUGUUCCUGCAGUAGCCUACGUGAUGCUCCAAUUUCGCAGAAUACUGUUGUGUUGUAUUAUUGUGUGUUUGGACGAGUGUGUGUUAACCUAUUGUUUGUGUGUCUUUUGUCAAUUGGACCCUGUUGAAACAGUGUUGUUUUUGCAUGCCUAUAUAUCAGAGUGUAAAGCGAUGUGAGUUGCAUGUAAACGUAGUUCCUUUCAGUUCUGCCGAGUGUCCGUUGUGGCGUUGGGUGCCAUUUUCUUUUUGUACUGUGUAACCAAGGAGAUACUUUGGGUUAUUGGAGUAAACAAAUCCGCUCUUAAACAGAACCGAGUUCAGUUUCUGUGAAUUUAGAUUUAUGUAGCCGAUGUUCGAUUGCCGCUCUGCUCUGCAAACCUUCACGCAGGAGCAAAAAAUGGAUUUGAAUCCUGUUUUAAGAUGGAUUGUCCCUUUAAAGAGUGCCAACCACAGAUGCCAGUGUUGUACAGAUGUGAAGAGCUCACACUAUUUACAUAAAUAAACUUUCUGUUUUUUUUUCAAAAUUAGUGUGUGGACUGAUUUGAGCUGAGGUUUGGACUGGUGAGCGUAUGAAUAAUGUUUCCACAGGUGUGAACAUCUGGCACUCGAGGCCAGUUUAUCUAUAGACCUUCAUUUUGUCUUCAGGGUAAGACCUAAUAUAAAUUGACAAAUUAGCUAAGAAUUGGCUAAACAAGGUAGGAGGGAAAAAAACA